ACAAAUGAACACUGAGGGGUUCUCCCAGCAUCGGUAUGCCUGCCUUCCUGAUCUCUACUUCAGACAGACGCUGCUCUUCAGAACAGAAGUAACAGCUGAGCUGUUUUUUACUGUAUGUGUGUGAGAACUGGUUUCUUUUGCUUUAUUUUUUUAACAUCAGUCACAGCACACUUUCUUCAUCUUCUCCACUCAUGAUGGGGUUUCACUCCGAAGGACCAGACAGAAACUGAGACAACCAGUUCAAAUGGAAGGAUGUUGAAAAGAGGACAAAGCAAGAAAACAGGAGAAAACAUGGUGAAUUAAAGGACAGAGUAAAAAAAAGAAGAAAUUAUGCUUAACAUCCCUGCAGUUAAUGUAUGCAGCUCAUUAAACAAUGAUGGCGUUUCUUUGGAAGCUGUGUCACUGACUCUGUGGACUACAGACUGAUAAGCGAGGUCUCCAGUCUGGGAUUUUUGCAGCAGCAGAUGUUGUGGACAUCUCAGACUUUAUAGGGAGUGGAGGCAUUUCAAGCAUAACUUGGACCUGAAUUCCUUCAAAGUCACUUUUUCUGUUUUUUUUUCCUCUUGGUGUGCCUUCAGCUGGGAAUUCUGUUUUACUGGAAGAAAGAAAAGAAGAGGAGUGUAUAUAUAUAUAUAUAUAUAUAUAUAUAUAUAUAUAUAUAUAUAUGUUUUUGUAUGUCUAUCUUUUUUUUACUUACUGGUAAUUGUGCCAGCACUGAGCACAAUACCAGGGGACUCUCACCUUUAUCUGCCCUUUCCAUUCUUCCUCCGGCUGAAAUGGAGCAUGGGGAUCUUUGUUUGGACUGAAACCAAACAACCAGCUACCUGACAAAAUAGUCUGUUUUAAGGAUUUAUCGCACCCAUAAAGGGCCCCUCACACGUAUUGCUGUCCAAGAUCAUGAAUUCCUCCCUGGAUCCACUGAACCAGAGUUCAGUUGACUCGUCAACGUCAUCUGUCCCCUUCUGCCUGCUUGAAAUAGGCUAUUCCCAAAUUUUCAGCACCUGCCUCCUUGAAGUAUCUAUCAUACUUCUGCUCACUAUUCUUAUUAUUUGCGGUAACCUGAUGGUGAUUUUUGUAUUUCACUGUGCCCCUUUGCUAAGCCAGCACACCACCAGUGCUUUCAUCCAGACUAUGGCAUACGCAGAUCUGCUAGUAGGAGUCAGCUGCCUCUUUCCUUCUUUGUCGCUUCUCCAUCAUCUGCAGGGUCUUGACCCCAAGCUCACUUGCCAGGUGUUUGGUUACAUGGUGUCUGUACUGAAGUCGGUUUCAAUGGCAUCUUUAGCGUGCGUCAGCGUAGACCGCUACAUCGCCAUCACUCGGCCUCUGACUUACGGAUCGCUAGUAACCCCUGGUCGAGUGCGCUGCUGUAUUGUUCUAAUAUGGUUCUACUCUGCUUUGGUGUUUCUCCCGUCUUUUCUCGGAUGGGGGAAACCGGGAUAUCACGGUGAUGUGGUGGAAUGGUGCGCAAUUGAGUGGAGGACUAGUCCCGCUUUCACAACCUUUAUCGUCGCACUGCUCUACGCCCCCGCUGCUCUCACUAUCUGCUUCACGUAUGCCAACAUCUUCAAGAUCUGCCGACAGCACACCCGGGAGAUCAGCGAGCGCCAUGCACGUUAUCGACCCCAGCAACUGCAGGGCCCAGGGACGAUGGAGGGGUCCACAAUCAAGGACACCAGCACAGUAGAACAAGGCCACUUGCCACACUUGUCCGGGCCGCAAAAGACCCAGCAGCACCAGCGUCAGUAUCAGCAGUCCCCAUCAGCAUACCCAGACAAGCGAUACGCUAUGGUGUUAUUUCGCAUCACUAGUGUGUUUUACAUCCUCUGGUUGCCCUACAUCCUGUACUUUCUGCUGGAGAGUGGAGGGAUAUACCAACACCCUGCAGCAUCGUUUCUUACUACAUGGUUGGCAAUCAGCAACAGCUUUUGUAACUGUCUCAUUUACAGCCUCUCCAACUCUUCUUUCAGAAAGGGCCUUAAACGCCUCUGCUCCUUCUGUUUACAGCGAAGUGGCGGCGGCUUCGGGGUUAGGCACACCAAAAAAACAUUCGCUGGUUGUGUUGAAAAGGGUUGUGCAGGGCUGGGGUGUGGAUAUGGCCAUGGGGAAAUGGCAGUUGGUACAACAUGUCAUGUGUAGAGCAAGCUUUUGUGCCAUAUUUGGAUUUAAACUAAAAUGCUUGAAGCAACUGCUGUAAGAUUUGUCUUAAAUAUGCUAGAAAGACAUAGAAGGCACCAUUGACAUGUCAAUGCUGUUUCUGUUGCAUUUGGAUGUUAAAGCAAGCGUCUCCCUGCAGACGCCCCAGUUGGCAAAGUCAGAGAAAGAGAGUCAAGAGCAAAACAAUCAAGAAUAAAAAGGCCUUAAUAGCCCUUCAAGGUGUUUUUUUAAUGGUCAUGGAAACAGGCUACUGUGUAUCGACAGUGAUAGAUUAGGUGCUUUGAUAUGGAGGAAAAAAAAUGUCUGUUUUCUCUUUGGAGCAGGGUGAAGAAAAUGUUCAUCAAGAAAUGUUCUUUCUGGAAUAAAGUAAAUAGGUUUUUACCUGAAAAAGCAAAGUUACAAGAAGAAGUUUGAAAGGUGGUAUGUGAAACAUUGUGAUUUUGAUGGUCAGCACAGUUUCUGUUAAAUGCAACAAAAAAGAAAUCAGUCCCAACAGAAUAAACUGACUGCUGGGGUUAAAUAAGAUUUUACAGAGACGGUUUAAUUUUCUGUGCUCUUACGCUGUAUUGCAUGGUGAAAAUCAUGUAACAGCUCGUUUGUAUGUUUUGUAUGUGUGAGAUGAAAAGAAAACCCAGUGCAGUGAUUGAGCUAAUUAUGAAUUGUAUACAUCAAGGCAUCUUUUCAUGAACUUUGAAUACUUUGAAUAGAUGAUUAUUUAUUGAUCUUGUUAAAAUGUCUUUAACUAAGUUAUGGGUUUGCACACGUCACCUGUUUGUGAAAUGACCCGGCUUUGGUGUACGACUGUUGGACUGGAAAGCAAACGCAAGUUUCAAUGAAUUUCAAGUAAUAAUUAAAUUCAUUGCCAGGUUUAUUGCACCUUUAUUUGAUUUUUGUAGCUUAAAUUAUUCACUGAAGUAUUUUCAAGACAAAAAAAAAAAAAAAAAAAAAAGGACCAAGAACAGAUGUAAAGUAGUUUUUACAUUUGCCAUGUACUGAUAGUUGGUACAGUAAUUGAUGUCUUUAAACCAAAGGUUAAAGAUGUAGAAUAUUAAGAUGGCAAACCCCCGAACUGUGAUUCUCACCCUUUUCCAGGGGAGGGGUUAGCAGAGAGGAACAGUUAUAUGAGAAGACAGAAUAAUGAUUGUGAAAGUUUUACAUCUGCAUAACCUUUAAUCAUUUCAAGACAUGUGCAUAUACACAAAUAAACACACCAACAUGUACACUUAAACACAAUAAACAAGCAUCCUGUUUAUAUUCCAUCAGUGGGCUAACCUGUGUGUGGUGCUGUGAAGAGAGCAACACGCUGACUGUGAGUUUCCAGUAGCAUUUGUAUGUAUGUGUACACUUGAGUGCAUGGAGGCAGUUUGUGCCAAUUUUUAUUUAUUUUUUUGUGAGUUCUGUUCCUACUUGAUAUAUAUUACAAAAGAAUAAAUACUGAUAGGAAUUACAGAUAAAAAUACUUGUAACCGUAAAAGUUGUGAAAUGGUGAACCAUCGACUUAAUUUAGGUGCAGAUUUUGUAGCUUUAUCUAUUGUGCCAAAGAACGUAAAGUACAUAUUCUCAGAUUGUGACAUUUUUCUUUCCCUAAAUUUCUACUAAAUGAAGACUUAGUGAACUUGAAUGGUUUUUACAUAAAGUUUGUAUCCACUGCACUGUGUUGGCAUAUUACUGCCUUGUGUUCAUAAAUAAGUUUCUCAGUAUAUUGUGAAAUAUUGUUGCCUUGAUUUAAAUAAUAAGUCGAACUGUUGGGGAAGUGUUUUCCUCCAACAGAAAGUGAGGGCUCAGUUUAUUGGCAUGUGACUGUUGGGAAGACAAAGACUCAGUCGCAGCACGCAGUGAUGAAAAAAAUGCUCAUUAGUUAGCUACUUUCACUCGAUUCCACAUGCACUCUGGAAAACCCGGUCACCAAAUCAGCUGUGAGAUAUAUAAAAAAAAUGUUUGUGUGGAUUCAGCUACUCUUUACCAGUUUAUAUGUUGCGGUCAUCAUUCUUCUCUCUGGUAAAACUGAAAGAGAAAACCCAUCAACCCGUUGAUUCUGUUGCAUGUGUUUGUUGUUGCUUGCAUCAGAUUGUGUGCAAUUACAUCCAGAUUUGACCAUUGGCUGAAUUCUGACUGUUAAUGUUCUGGUCUCUGUAUUUUGUGAGUAUAUGUAUGAUGUACAGUAAUACUAAUGUCUAAAAUUUUCCAUCGUUACCUGUAAAGAAUUGCCAAAUACUGUAACCUUUCCUGUCUAUCCCUUCAUCUGUUCUGUCUGAACAAUUGUGUGUUUACAGUAAUGCCGGACUGAAUGUUUAUGAAAGUACACACACUUAUGUUUUUAUCAUUUAAUUUCUGUCUGCUCUCUUGUGAAGUGAUACUGUAAAUGUUGUGUCUUCCUGGUAGGUUUGGCAGCAUGCUAAACAACAGAAAUAAUUAAAGUGUUGUC